UGGGCGCAUGGCACGCGCCACGGAGCCCGAGCGGCGGCUCCUGGCCGUCUACACCGGUGGGACCAUCGGGAUGCGCAGCGAGGGCGGAGUGCUGGUGCCUGGUAAGGGUCUGACCACGGUCCUGAGGUCGCUGCCCAUGUUUCACGACUCGGAGUACGCCCAGGCCCGAGGACUCGCAGAGGACACCCUGGCAUUGCCGCCCGCCAGCCCCGGCCAGAGGAUCAUCUACACUGUCCUAGAGUGUCAACCGCUCUUCGACUCCAGCGACAUGACCAUCACUGAGUGGGUCCAGAUUGCACAGACCAUAGAGAGACACUAUGAGCAGUACCACGGCUUUGUGGUCAUCCAUGGCACUGACACCAUGGCCUUCGCCGCAUCAGUGCUCUCGUUCGUCCUGGAGAACCUGCAGAAGCCCCUCAUCCUCACCGGUGCCCAGGUGCCCAUCCAUGCACUAUGGAGCGAUGGCCGAGAGAACCUGCUGGGAGCCCUGCUCAUGGCCGGCCAGUAUGUGAUACCCGAGGUGGGCCUCUUCUUCCAGAACCAGCUGUUCCGGGGCAACCGUGUGACCAAGGUGGAUGCGCGAAGGUUCGCGGCCUUCUGCUCCCCAAACCUGCCCCCGCUGGCCGUCGUGGGUACCGAUGUCAUCAUCAACCAGGAGCUUGUGCGGAGGAUACAUGGGAAGGACACGCUGGUGGUACACAGCAACAUGGAGCGAGACGUGGGCCUACUGCGCCUGUAUCCUGGGAUCCCCGCAGCCCUGGUGCGAGCCUUCCUGCAGCCCCCCCUCAAGGGCGUGGUCAUGGAGACCUUCGGCGCAGGCAACGGACCCACCAAAGCUGACCUGGUGCAGGAGCUCAAGGAAGCAUCGGAGCGGGGCCUCAUCCUGCUCAACUGCACCCACUGUCUGCAGGGCACGGUCACUGCAGACUAUGCUGCCGGCAUGGCCAUGGCAGGGGCCGGCAUCAUCUCUGGCUUCGACAUGACGUCUGAGGCUGCGAUGGCCAAGCUGUCCUAUGUGCUGGGCCUGCCUGGGCUGAGCCUGGAGGGUCAGAAAGAGCUGCUGGCCCAGGACCUGCGGGGAGAGAUGACCCGGCCUGUAAGUGCUGAGUGCCGACCCUCCCUGCAAGGCGGCCCACUGCGUCUGGGGCUUGCCCACCUGCUCAGCCUCAGCCAGGAAGCCGCUGCGGUCCGGGAUGCCCUGAUGCCCAGCCUGGCCUGUGCUGCAGCGCAUACGGGUGACCUAGAGGCGCUACAGGCACUGGCAGAGCUGGGCAGUGACUUGAGUCUGGGAGGCGCAGAUGGCUGGACGCCCUUGCACGCGGCUGCCCAGGGAGGCCACACCAGCACCGUGGCCCUGCUGCUGCAGAGCGGGGCAGAUGCCAACGCACGCUCCGAUGGUGGCCUCAGCCCACUGCAGCUGGCGGCUCGGGGCAGGCACAGGGGGGUCAUCAGCCUGCUGCGGGCAGCAGGGGCCUGCCUUUCCCCCCAGGAACUGGAAGACAUGGGCACUGAGCUGUGCAGGCUGGCAUCCAGGGCAGACUCGGAAGGCCUGCAGGCGUGGUGGCAAGCAGGCGCUGACUUAGGCCUGCCUGGCUACGACGGUCAAAGUGCCCUACACAUUGCAGAGGCUGCGGGGAACCUGGAGGUGGUCUCAGUCCUGCGAGGCCUGCUGGGAACAGAGUCCAAUGCCCAGGACCCUGGGCGGGCCCUUUAUGACUGACCACGUAGCACUGGGACCCUGAAUUUGUGGCCCCGAAGUUCUUUCUUCAGACCUGCCAGACUCCUGCAGACACUCCCAGGACUCUGGGGCGCCCAGGAAGUGCUGCUCCAAGUCUCCCCCGAAAGAUCUGGAGCAUCAGCCUGGCCUGGGCCUGUCUGGACCUGCAGAGCCUCUGCUGGGCAGCGUCUUCUGGCCAGGCCUGCGGGCUCAGGGCACUGUGGCAAUAAAGUGUCCAGACGC